UGAUUUUCGUCUGCCGAUUUACUUACAAAUUUUAGACCGCCCAAGGCCCAAGUAACCAACAGCCAUUUGUCUUGAAGUGGAAACCCUCAGAAAAUUUUUUAUUCUUGUCUACAAUGCAGAAAUACGAAAAGCUGGAAAAAAUUGGAGAAGGAACAUAUGGAACUGUAUUCAAGGCCAAGAAUAGGGAGAAUCAAGAGAUUGUGGCAUUAAAGCGUGUUCGCCUUGAUGAUGAUGAUGAGGGUGUUCCAUCAAGUGCCUUGAGAGAAAUAUGUUUAUUAAAGGAGCUGAAACACCACAACAUAGUUCGCUUACAUGAUGUUCUCCAUAGUGAUACGAAGCUAACACUAGUUUUUGAGCAUUGUGAUCAAGAUUUAAAGAAAUACUUUGAUAGCUUAAAUGGAGAGAUAGACAGUGAUCAAGUGCAAUCUUUGAUGUAUCAACUUUUACGAGGUCUAGCAUUCUGUCACAGUAAAAAUGUUUUGCACAGAGAUCUGAAGCCCCAAAACUUGCUAAUCAAUAAGAAUGGAGAAUUAAAACUUGCUGAUUUUGGUCUUGCAAGAGCGUUUGGUAUUCCAGUUCGUUGUUAUUCUGCUGAGGUGGUCACACUGUGGUAUAGGCCUCCUGAUGUGUUGUUCGGUGCUAAGCUAUACACUACGUCGAUUGAUAUGUGGUCAGCAGGAUGUAUUUUUGCUGAACUUUCGAAUGCAGGACGGCCUCUUUUUCCCGGAAGUGACAUUGACGACCAACUCAAAAGGAUAUUCAAAUUGCUCGGAACUCCUACCGAAGAAGCCUGGCCAGGUUUGUCACAGCUGCCGGAUUUUAAACCGUUACCUAUGUACCAACCACCAAGCAGCUUUUCGCAAGUCGUUCCAAAAAUGACAGCUAAGGGCCGAGACUUGUUACAAAAAUUGCUGGUAUGCAAUCCCGCUCUUCGUUUGUCUGCAGAUGAAGCCAUGGCUCACCUUUACUUUAACGAUUUACAUUCAAGUAUUAAAAGCCCGACUACGUGACUUUCGCCGAAUACCAAGAACGGCGCAGUGGAAUCCUCCAGAAUUUGAGAUAUUUUCGCGUGUUUAUUUU